AUGAGUAAGGAGAUUGAGUCUUUUCUUAAGAACCAGACUUGGUACCUAGUUAAAAAGCAUAAAGGCCAAAAGAUUGUGGGUUAUAAAUGGAGUUUUAAGAAGAAGGAAGGAUCUUUGGGAGUGGAAGAUGUGAGGUUCAUGGCAUGCUUAGUGGUGAAGGGUUAUACACUGAGGGAAGGGGUGGACUUCAAUGAUAUGUUUUCUUUUAUGUUGAAACAUAGCUCAAUCCGGGUGUUACUUACUAUAGUUGCUCAGUAUGAAUUGGAGUUUGAGCAACUUGAUGUCAAGCCUGUUUUCUUGCAUGAUGUUGGCUUAGUCUAUGACAGAGGCAGCGACAUGUGUAAGAGUGUCUUUGGAUGUGUUAAUUCGGAUUAUGUUGGAGAUCUUAAUAGGAAGAGGUUCUUGAUAGGGUAUCUCUUCACUCAUUGUGGAAGUGUGGUUAAGUGGGCGACUUUACAGUCAACAGAUGCAUUAUCUACUACUGGGACUGAGUACAUUGGCAGUUACAGAGGUAUCAUACUCUGUUGCUUGGUCUUUGAUGCUAAUGGCGACUACUUAAUCGGAGUUGGCAGCUACGACUCAACAGGUCCAGCUGCUGGGGUGAACAUGAUGGGUUAUGCCAAUAUGGAACAAUCGACAGCAGGUGUGCAUUUUCGGCUAAGAGCACGAGCAUUCAUUGUUGCUGACAGUAGUUCUCAAGGUGCAAGGUUUGCAUUUGUCAACCUGGACGCAGGAAUGGCUUCACAGCUUGUCACUAUUAAAGUGCUUGAGAGGCUAAAAUCAAGGUAUGGGAAUCUAUAUAACGAAGAAAAUGUAGCAAUCAGUGGUACACACACUCAUGCUGGUCCAGGGGGUUAUUUGCAGUAUCUGGUUUACUCAAUUACCUCUCUCGGCUUUGUUCCACAAUCGUUUGAUGCCAUUGUCACUGCAAUUGAAUUGAGCAUUGUUCAGGCUCACCAAAAUCUUAAGCCAGGUUCCGUUUACAUUAAUCAAGGGGAUGUUGAGAAUGCUGGAGUAAAUAGGAGCCCUAGUGCGUAUCUGUUCAACCCUCCGGAGGAGAGAGCUAGAUAUCCAACCAACGUUGAUACCCAAAUGACCCUUCUCAAAUUUGUGGAUGGAAAGAGUGGUAAGAGCAUUGGAGCAUUCAACUGGUUUGCGACGCAUGGAACCUCUAUGAGCAAAAACAACAAUCUCAUCAGUGGAGACAACAAGGGUGCCGCUGCUAGGUUCUUCGAGGACUGGUUCUCCUCCACCACAGGAAAUGGCUCCACACCAACCACCUACUUCUCUAACACAUCAAGCCUUAAAAGUAAGUUAGAGAAAGCAGCAAUAAUCAAAGCAACUGGAGGACAAUCCUGCAACAAAACAACCAGCCAAAAGUUCAAGGUGAGAAAGAACGAUGGGUCCCAAUUUGUGGGAGCAUUCUGCCAAUCAAAUGUUGGCGACGUGAGCCCCAAUGUGCUGGGAGCAUUUUGCACUGACAGUGGCAAACCUUGUGAUUUCAAUCACUCCUCAUGCCAUGGAAAUGACCAGCUUUGUGUGGCUCGUGGACCUGGAUAUCCAGAUGAAACACUAAGCACAAAGAUCAUAGGGGAGAGACAGUUUAAAAAGGCCGUUGAUCUAUUCACUUCUGCUCAGGAACAAUUAAGUGGAAAAAUCGAUUAUCAACAGGCUUAUCUGAAUUUCACAAAUCUGGAGGUGGAGAUAGAUGGAAACAAGGUAGUCAAAACUUGUCCUGCUGCCCUCGGCCCAGGUUUCGCUGCUGGAACUACAGAUGGGCCUGGUGCGUUCGGAUUUCAACAAGGCGAUACAGAGAUAAACGAGUUAUGGAAAAAGCUAAGGGAUUUACUGAAAGAACCAAGCCAAUAUCAGGUGGACUGUCAAGAGCCCAAAGCCGUUCUGCUUAGCACUGGUGAAAUGUUUGUCCCCUACGCAUGGGCGCCAGCAAUUCUCCCAAUUCAAAUCCUCAGGUUGGGAAAACUGAUCAUACUCUCUGUACCAGGAGAGUUCACAACAAUGGCUGGCAGGCGACUAAGGGAGGCGGUUAAGGAGACGUUGAUAAGUAAUGGAAAUGGGGAAUUUGACGAUCAAACCCAUGUUGUAAUAGCAGGCCUUACAAACACAUAUUCACAGUACAUUGCAACUAUUGAAGAAUACCAGCAACAACGAUACGAGGCUGCUUCAACACUCUAUGGUCCACAUACAUUAUCUGCAUAUAUCCAAGAAUUCAAUAAGCUAGCAAAAGCAAUGGCAAAAGGAGAAAAGAGCCCUAAUGGAGGCCCCUCACCGCCGGAUCUCAACUCUGUUCAGCUCAUACUCUUACAAGAUCCUUAUGGUGAUUCACCUCCCCCGGGGAAAAAAUUUGGGGACAUGCAACAAGACAUAAUUUUGCCAAAAAGUGGUGCAUUCAAAAAUGAAGACAGGCCUAACGCCACAUUUUGGAGCUCAAACCCCAGAUAUGACCUAUUGACAGAAGGCACAUUUGCAGUGGUAGAAAAGCUUGAAAGUGAACGGUGGGUUCCAGUUUAUGAUGACGAUGAUUUCUGCCUAUUCUUUAAGUAUAGAGUAGAUAACGUUAGCUUUUCCGGCUUAGCAACCAUUGAAUGGGAAGUUCCAGAGGAGGCCACCUCCGGGGUUUACCGGUUAAGGCACUUUGGGUCGUCAAAGAAAACAGAAAAAUCCCCCCUCGAGUACUUUAUGGGUGCAUCUAGUGCAUUUUCAGUGUCUUAA